AAGUAUUUUUCAUUCCACACUACUCAGGUACGACGUGAUACCUAGCAAAUCUUGAUGCUCAAUCCCGAUAUUCCUUUCCAUACUCUUUCAAUGUCGAAGAGAAUGAACUAUGUAAGUGCCUCGGCAAGGCGAGAUGGCUCAGACUAUUAUUGGAGCUAUUUUGGUAUCUCAGAUGGACGUCAAGCUUGCAAGCUAGACAAUGCCAUAAUCUAAUAAUUGUAUUGCAUCUUCUCCUUUGCCCUCAAUUGUUCCGAACAAAAUUUUCAAUAUGUUCUAUGGUUUCUUUGGCUUAGGAGGUGUAUCCUUCAAACCCGAAAAAGAUAUUCCUGAUCUAUCUGGAAAAGUCAUUCUUGUUACAGGCGGAAACGUUGGCUUAGGCCUCGAAACUAUCCUCCAGCUUUCCAAGCACAAUCCUUCGCACAUAUAUCUCGCUGCGCGAUCCGAACCUAAAGCUACCGCCGCAAUCAAAGAAAUACAAUCCAAAGUACCAAAUGCCCCAAUUACGUUUAUUCAUUGCGACCUUACAUAUCUCCCAUCAGUUCAGGAGUGUGCCAAACAAUUCAAUAUCAAAGAGUCCCGUCUCGACUUAUUGUUCCUAAAUGCGGGUAUCAUGGCGGUACCAGCGGCAACUACGGAGCAAGGCUAUGAAAUACAAUUUGGCACAAACCAUGUUGGACAUGCUCUUUUGACGAAACUGCUUCUACCCACAUUGUUGAAAACAGCAGAGCAGAAAGAUGCAGAUGUGAGAGUUAUCUCCUUGAGUAGUUUGGGUCAUACAUUGGGUCCUGUUGGGGGUAUCAAAUUCGACGAUCUGAAAACGGACAUGAAUGGUUAUACAACAGCCUCUCGAUAUGGACAAUCCAAGCUGUCAAACAUUCUUUUCGCUAAAGGGUUGAACAAGAGAUAUGGCGAGAAGGGUAUCACAGCUGUAUCGGUUCAUCCGGGAGUAGUCAACACAAAUUUGUAUGCGACGGCUUUGGAGAAAUAUGGGGUGUUUGGAAAAGUCGGUGGAUUAGUAAGAGAUUUGGCUUUCACAAGUAUGGCUGACGGAGCAAAAAAUCAACUCUGGGCUGCUGUAGCAAACAAGGGUAGUGCAAAAGGCGAAGUUUUGAAAGGCGAGUAUUACACACCUGUUGGAAUUUCUGGCAAUGGAAAUAAGUACGCAGGAGAUGAAAAGCUGGCGGAUGAGCUGUGGGAGUGGACAGAGAAAGAGUUGGAGGCGUACAAUGCUUGACUUGACUUUUACUGAUCACGACACCCACUAUGGCUUAUCUUGACUUUUGUUCAUAUGCUAAAGUGAUCCAUUUACUGUAUAUUAUGAUUUUCUGUUUCUGUUUCCUAACUUUAUUUUCCUACACGGGUGCAACUUUCUGAGUGAUUAUUAGCCUCAAAAAUC